AGUCACGAGAAAGACGCGUAAGCAUUUGCGUUUUGCCUUCUUGAAGCCCGUAAAUGGAAAGAGCAGAAGGCUGCCAGACCUUCCGUAUAUUUUUUUGCUGUGCAAUAGUGCGCGCAAACGUACUUCAGCGAAAAUGUGUAGCGUUAAGACGGAGACCAUUUACCAAGGGAUGAGCAGCGAAGGGACCAACUACAGUGGAGGUGGGGACAUUGAAACAACGGUGCACUAUGGACAAGAAAUGCACAGUUAUUGCAAGGCUCUACCUGCGAAGGAAGCCAAAGCACCAGCAAAAGCAGCUGUUCGCUCGGACAGUGAGACGGACAGCUGCGUUGAAGACCAAGGAUCCGAGCGCUCGGAGGAGGAGGAAGAAAUAGUGUACUGCAUCUGCCGUACGAGCGAUACCACCAGGUUUAUGAUCGGUUGCGACAACUGCAACGAGUGGUACCACGGCGACUGCAUCAGCAUCACAGAAUCGUACGCCAAGAACAUAUUGAAAUUCUUCUGCCUCAUAUGCCGCGACAGGGAUCCGACGCUCGAGAUAAAGUUCAAGGAGCGCAAGGAGAAGUCUCAUUCCUCGCACGAAGAGCACAAGAGUCGAAGCAAGUCCCGAGACUCGAGAGACGAUGACGCGUACUCUCCUACGAGGCAUAAAGACAGGUCGCACCGCUCCAAAAAGAAUAAGCGUCGGAAGUCCACGCGACAGUGCGGAGAAUGCACCGCAUGCUACAUGACCGAGGACUGCGGCCGCUGCGACUUCUGCAAGGACAUGAGGAAGUUCGGCGGGCCGAACAAGAUCAGGCAGAAAUGUCGUAAGCGACAGUGCCUCAACUUCGGUCUCAUACUGGGCAAGAAACCGGUGUCAUCUCCGAAGCGGUCCAAGACGGGACACGACGACGAUUACGACCCCGAUCAGGAGGGUAACGACGGUUCCGACCUGCCGAACGACUACGUGGACGACGACUACGAACCCGAGCUCGUCAAGCGUUCUGCCAAGAAGCCUCGUCACAAGCGGAGUCCGACGAAGGGGGGAGACUCGAAGGCGGAGUCGAAGCGCGCCCGAAAAGAGGAACACAAACGUGAACACCGCAGCGAUAAAGAGAAGAGCCGCAAGGAGGAUGACGUACCGAGGCAGUGCUACGGGCCUGGCUGUACAGCUGCUUCGCGACCAGGCUCCAAGUACUGCAGCGACGACUGCGGCCUGAAGCUGGCCACCAAUCGCAUCUACGAGGUGCUGCCGCAUCGCAUUCAGCAGUGGCAGUCGAGCGUGUGUCACGCGGACGAGUUAAAUCGACGCCAGCUGGAGCAGAUCCGCAAGCAGAAAAUAGAUGCUCGGAGCACGCUUCAGCAGCUGGAAGCCAAGCGGGCCGAGCUGGAAAAGCUAAUCGAUAGAGCAAAGCAGACACCCUUGGCCGAAGACGAAGAAGCUGCGGAUGACUACGAAGAAAGCGAACUGAGCACUUACUGCGUCACGUGCGGGCACGAAGUGAGUGCCCGUGUGGCGAUGCGCCACAUGGAGAAGUGCUUCAACAAGUACGAGAGUCAAAGCUCAUACGGCUCUGUGUACAAGACUCGCAUUGAAGGCGACAACGUGUUCUGUGACUUUUACAACCCACACCAGAAGACCUACUGCAAACGACUGCGAAUCCUGUGCCCAGAGCAUUCGAAAGAGCCUAAAGUGAGUGACGACGAAGUGUGCGGCUUUCCGAUUGUGGCGAACGUGUUCGAGCACAGCGGCGAAUUCUGCAACGUGCCGAAAAAGAGGUGCUCGAAGCACUACUGCUGGGACAAAUUUCGACGGGCCGAGAUCGACAUGGAGAUCGUGAGGCAGUGGUUGAAACUGGAUGAGCUGUACGAGCAAGAACGCAACACGUGUACGUCAAUGACGGGUAGAGGUGGUGUCCUGGGACUGAUGUUGCAUCAGACGUUAUCGCACGAUGCACUUUAUGAAAUGCAGGCACCGAUCCAGACCUGAUUCAUUGAGUAUCAUCGAAGUGUACUGACUUUCCCUUGCCUUCAUUAACAAGAUCCUGUAUAUAGCCACUUACUUCCUGUGGUUUACUUGCUUUUGCAUGAAAAUACAUCUGAAUUUCACUUA